AAACUUUCUCCUUUAAGACAGAAGCUUUGUCGUUUUCUAGGGGUACUGAAAAAGCCCUAUUCGAUAUUAAUAUUUCUAACUCUAAGAAAGAUUGAAGAAUUGGAUGACGUAGAAGAGAUGUACGGAUGGGGAGAUGAUGAGGGCAGAACGACGACGAUGAUGAUGGCGCGCUCUGUUCAGGGACAGGGGCAGUGGGGUCAGGAGGAGACGAAAGAAUUUAUCAAAAUCCGUACGGAACUGGAGAGGGACUCUGCUUUGACGAACCGCAGCAAGGUCCUAUGGGACGCUGUCAGCUCCAAGAUGUCAGAGAGAGGCUUCAUUCGAACAUCCGAUCAGUGCAAGUGCAAGUGCAAGUGGAAGAACCUUCUCAAUCGCUACAAGGGACAGGAAACAUCUGAUCCAGAAAAUGGUCGACAGUGUCCAUUCUUUGAGGAAUUGCAUGCACUCUUUGCUGAAAGGGAGAAGAACAUGCAGCGCUUGCUUCUCGAAACCGAAAUGGGUUCUCCCAGGUCUAGGAAAAAGAUGAAGGGAUCAUCAAAUGCAGGCCAAUCCUCUGAUGAAUUCUCAGAAAAUGAGGAAAAUGACAAAGAGGGCACUGAUGAGGAGACACCUACUCCUCCUACUGCUACUACUACUGCAAGCACUCGUCGUAAAAGGAAGGCUGAAAAAAUUGCUCCCAAUGCUGCUGCUGCGUCUGUUAACAGUGAGACUGACAUCCGGGAAAUGCUUAAGCAAUUUUUUGAGCAACAACAGACGAUAGAGAAGCAGUGGAUGGAAAUGAUGGACAGGCGCGCGUACGAGCAGCAGUUGUUCGAACAGGAAUGGCGACAGUCAAUGGAGAAGCUUGAGAGGGAAAGAUUAAUGAUUGAACAGUCUUGGAGGGAGAGGGAAGAACAGAGGAAAAUAAGAGAAGAGAGCCGAGCUGAGAAGAGGGAUGCCCUUUUAACAACUCUCUUGAAAAAUCUCCUCCAUGAAAACAAUCUCUGAAGGUGGAGGAUGGUUUGGAGGGUGUCACCACCACCCAUUUAUCUCUUUUCAUAUGUGUGAGUUUUCUCUAUACAAUAUACAGAUGUAACAGGAAAGUCUGAUAAGAAAAUGACUUUUUUUUCGUCUUUUUGGUUUGACAUGACAACGGUUUUAGUUUUAUACGACUUGUUCUAUAAUGCUAUGUACACUAGUAAUUGCGUUGUGGCAAAAAAAGAUAUGCCCAUUUCUUGUUUUAUUCAAACUAUUAAAUGUCAACAAAUUACUCAA